CGUAUUCCUAAGCGGAAGUCAGGGUCAGCUGCCGUUAGCAUGGAUGCUACGAGCGUCUGUCGGCGGAGGAGGCAGCAGGUGGAUCAUUUGCACUUUUGGUUAUGUUUUUCCAACUUUUUCAAAACAUCGAGCUUCUCGGCAACACCUUAAUCGAGCGAAAAUGUCCCACGAAGCAUAAAUUGGAUUGACAUCGGUGCGAAAAGAGCGCUCGCCGGCCCGCAGAGCACAACGCAGACGAGAUCCCGGCCGGCGGAGCGUCGACUUAGCAGGUAAGCUAAAAAUAACUUUUAGUGGGAGCGGAAACAAAGCAGCAGCCUGCGUCUCUGUCGUCGAGCCCACAAACCUUCCCCGUCGUUGCGUAGUCCGCAGCAAACGUCACUCGGUUUGUUCUCGGGAAGCCGCACAAAGUGACCACUUUGGAAGACGAUUUGAAUUUUCGCUUGCUUGCUUGCGGGCCUUUUUUUGGCAGGAACUUUUCCUUCCUUCCAUCCGUGAAAAUGAAAUUUCAGACGGGCAACAUUUGCUAAGCACUUCAUUGCAGAGAUCGUUUUAGGGAGAGAAAGAAGAGGAAGACCCGCCGGCGUGGGGCCAUGUUGUCGGCGGAGGAGAUCCUCUGCAGCACCCGGCAGGUGAUCGCCGGACUGGAGGCGCUCCGAGGAGAGAACCGCAGCCUCCUGGAGAGCCUGCAGGGGGCGGCCCAGAGCCCCGAAGUUGCGAUGGAGGGGGGCGGAAGCGUGGAGCUCGAGAAGAGGGGCAUCGUACGACAGUCGCUGGAAAGGAUUGAGCUGGGGCUCAGUGAAGCGCAGGUGAUGAUGGCGCUGUCGGCUCAUCUGAGUUCCCUGGAGGCCGAGAAGCAGAAGCUGCGAGCUCAGGUGCGCCGCCUGUGUCAGGAGAACCAGUGGCUGCGCGACGAGCUGGCGGGCGCCCAGCAGCGCCUGCAGGAGCGAGAGCAGGACGUGGUCGCGCUGGAGGAGCACAACCGACAUCUGCAGUUCAUGGCCUCCAUGCGCAAGUACGACCAGGAGGAGGCGCCGGAUGACAAGAGCGCAUCUUCCAACAAAAAGCCGCAGGAUGACCUUUUUCCCGCCGAGGACGAGGAAUCCUCACAAACGUCGACGUCGCCGCACCACCACCACAGCAGUGCGGCGGCGGCGGCCCAGCAGGGCGGCUACGAGAUUCCCGCCCGCCUCCGGACCCUCCACAACCUGGUGAUCCAGUACGCCUCGCAGGGGCGCUACGAGGUCGCCGUGCCCCUCUGCAAGCAGGCCCUGGAGGACUUGGAGAAGUCGUCGGGCCACACCCACCCCGACGUGGCCACCAUGCUCAACAUUCUGGCGCUGGUCUACAGAGACCAAAACAAAUACAAAGAAGCCGCCAACCUGCUGAACGACGCCUUGGCCAUCAGGGAGAAAACAUUGGGAGCGGACCACCCGGCUGUGGCGGCCACGCUCAACAACCUGGCGGUUCUGUACGGGAAGCGGGGCAAAUACACGGAGGCCGAGCCGCUGUGCAAGCGAGCGCUGCAGAUCCGAGAGAAGGUUCUGGGCACGGAACACCCCGACGUGGCCAAGCAGCUCAACAACUUGGCGCUGCUGUGCCAGAACCAGGGCAAGUACCAGGAGGUGGAGCUCUACUACGAGCGGGCGCUGCACAUCUACCAGAGCAAGCUGGGACCCGACGACGCCAACGUGGCCAAGACCAAAAACAACCUGGCUUCCUGUUACCUCAAGCAGGGCAAAUACCGCCAGGCGGAGGCGCUCUACAAAGAGAUUCUCACCAGGGCCCACCAGAAGGAGUUCGGAUCCGUGGAAGGCGACAGCCAGCCCAGCUGGUCGGGCGGCGGAAGCGACCAAUCAUCGCAGCGGGACGGGCCGCUGAGGCGGAGCGGCUCCUUCACCAAACUGCGAGAGUCCAUACGGAGGAGCAGCGAGAAGCUGGUGCGCAAGCUGAAGGGCGUCGGCGUGGAUGACGCCGCCCCGAGGAACGCUGGGAUGAAGAGAGCCAACUCGCUGAACGUGCUCAACGUCGGCCAAAGUCAGGACACCGGUCAGUUGCGCAGUCUGACGGACCACCGAGAACUCAGCUCCAGCACGCAGAGCCUAAACCGGCGAGGAUCGUUCGGGACCAGUUAACCGGACAUUUGUCUUCUGUUACCGUUUUUAUUAUUAGAAAUAUUAUCGUUUGGGUCGUUUGGUGACAGGCUGACAUUUGGAAAGCCUCAAAAGUCAAACAUCUACAAAUCAACCAAAACAACAACAACAACAACGGCAGACCACAUCAAAGCUUUGUUCAACUAUUUGCGCUUCAGCUUUCUUAAAGCAAGCGUGUAUUGUGUUGCCACCUAGUGGCCUGGCAUGUAUGUUACACUGUCUUUGGGGAUCAUUUCAGGUAAAGUGAUUUCCUUAACUUAUUGUCAAUCGUAUGUUUUGAACGUGAUGCACUUAACGCGUCAGACAUUCCGGUGAUGAUUUGUGCAGUUUUGCCUUUGAAUGAAAAUGUAUUUUCAUCACUUAUCCCCUCCAUUGUUUGUUGUUUACGUGCAACGGCGGUGACGUUUUUCCCCGCAUUGCUGUCGGGACCGACUUCAUCUCUUGGAAGCUUAUUGCACAUUUGAAACUGUGGCAACUAACCUGAAAAUAAAACAGUGGAAGUAUA